AUGCCAGAGAACAAUAUGGCCGAGCGCCUCACGGCCGCUAUUGCAGCGGAGAUCAAGCGAAAGGCCGACGUGCAGUCAGUGAGCACAAAAGCGACGGCGGAUGUCGAGGAUGCGCAGCUCGAGUUGACGCGCAUCACAAAGGAGAGCGAGGUCGCCAAGGCCAAGGCGAGUCGCGAUCUUACUGCCAUUAAGGCGCGCAUCACGGUAAGCGUGUUCUGCUGCAAAGAACAGCCAUCAAGCGACACUAAUCGAGUCUAGGAGCUCAGCCGUCUGCUAGUCAAGGAAGAGGAGGACGUUGAGAAGGAUAAGCUGGAGGAGUUGCUUCGCCCUGUCGUGAUCGAGACCGAGCUUCCCCCUCCAGAGGCGACGAUCAACGAGACUUCGGCGGAUGGCGAGCCUCGUCAGAAGCGCACUUCGACCGCACCUGGGACCACUGCACCUUCUCGUCCUGCCCGGUCCGGCCGCAAGCCUACCCAGCACACACACCGCGGCGGACCCUUUUCCGAGUUGGCAGAAGACUCCACAGACGCCCAACUGAACGCCAUGCUCGACGACUGUCCCGACUACACCUCCCUCCCACAAUGCACUAUCAUCGUUAAAGGCAAAGGCGAAGGCGAAGAGCAGCCGUGGUACGAGUUGCAGUGCCCUGAGUGCCACGGGAACUGGUCCGACAGCCACGGCGGCUCUCUUCUCAAGGGCGUUGCAGGCAUGGCGACCCAUGUGCAGAAGUCUCAUCAGUACGAGAAGAAGGAUCUCAGCGACCCUGUCAUCCUAGAGCUCUGCAAUAUUCGUACGGUCGAGAAAGACGAGUUACAUCACAUCCUCCGUGGCGGACAUGAGGGCGGCUUGUACGUCGAGCAGAAGCCGCUCGAGACCACCGUCUCCACCUCCUGCCGUGCUGUCGUCAAGAAGCAGAACGAGUACACCGAAGACUGGAAGUUCGUUAAGGACAAGAAGCACUUUGUAGGCUCCUGUCCUUGUAUCGUCCAGCAUCCAGAGGGCCACUGGGUGCUUCUCGAGUGUCCCGUCUGCCAUGGAAACUACACCAGGAACGGUGGCUACCUCCAGAACGGCGUCAAGGGCUUUCAAGACCAUCUGUUCCACGCUCAUGGAGAGCUGCGUAUGACCUCAGGGCCACGCAAGAUCAUAGAUCGCUGCUUCGUGAAGAACAUGACCGAGGAUGAGGUCCUCCAGAUCAAGAAGGCAGAACCAGGCGCUCCUCUGCCGGCUCAGAAGCUGAUCAAGAGCACCAUACCACCCAAGAGCACGAUCCCGGCUAAGCGCGACGUCUCCACUCUGGAUGACUCGGAUAGCUUGAUCAACAACAAAUCAACCCGCUCGGGCAUCAAGAGACAGGUCCUCUCCAACGGCAAAGCUGCGUCUACUGCGUAUGGAGCAGAUGGCGAUCAGGACGACGAAGAGCCGCCAACAGGUGAUUUCGUCGAGGAGAAUGAGCCUGAGGAGGAGGAGGAGCAGACCCAGAACCUUCUGGAUGCUGUUGAGGUUGUGGAGGUCGACGACGAUGAGUCUGGGGGGAACGAGACCGAGGAAGAAGAGUAG